AUGACGCUAGUGACCCGGAAAUACAGGUUGGGAAACACUGUACUAGCCUACUGUAUGUCCAAAUCAGCCAUCGACCAGUUCACACGCUGUGUUGCUCUUGAGUUGGCAUCACAGCAAGUACGUGUCAAUGCAGUAUGCCCAGGUGUAAUUAUAACAGAAGUUCACAAGCGUGCAGGACUUGAUGAGGACCAGUAUGCUCAGUUCCUUGAGAAGUGCAAGGUGACGCAUGCCCUCGGCAGACCAGGUGAAGUAGAAGAAGUAGCUCAUGCUAUCGCCUUCCUGGCAUCUGAUGCAGCAACAUUUAUAACAGGUGUCAAUCUUCCAGUGGACGGAGGUCGACAUGCUAUGUGUCCACGGUAACGCUCUGCCGCCAUGAUACAGCUCUGU